AAAAUUGUCUAGUAUCUGAUUUAUUUGGCCUUGUGUGUUUAAUAAAAUAAAACCCUUUGAAAUCAAUACACAUCACAUUAUAAUCAUUUAUGUGUUUAUUUCUGUACACGUAAAACGUGAAUGCACAUUAUAGUACAAUAAUUGAAAUCAUUAAUAUAUUAAAAACGUAUUAUGUGGAGGCGAAAAUGGGUAAAAAUAAGAUGAUAGCUAAAAGCUGCCCCAAAUGUGAAUUGCAGGUGGCAGUAGCAUCGAAGUCAUGCAAGUGCGGGCACACGUUCUUCGCCGCGCGCCGCGGCGCGGACACGUUGCCAGCUGUUGAGGACAUAAGACGGAGAACGGGGAGAAUUAAACGAGCUCAACCGCAGUUUUAUGAUGCACAGCAUUAUCAGAAGCAGAAACGGAAAUCGCCGAAGAAGCGUUCACUCGAUGAUGAAUUCAAAAACAAAGACAAAAAUGAAUCAGCAACAGCCAGGGCCCGUCGCCGCAGGGCCCUCCGCAGGGCCAAAAGGUCCCCGCAACAAACGGAGAGGACAAGGGACCCCACGCCGCAGUUACGGCCGUCGCAAGUAGCGCGAUGCCAACUCAUUUUGUUAGAGAUCAAUAGGAAAAUGCGCGCUGUUACCUGGCAACCGCCGGCUGACGGCUAGAGGCCCUGCACUUGGGGCCCCAGAUUGAAUUUAGAAACGUUAAAACAUAGUGACGUGUCGUCAGGGACUGUUUCAAGGCAGAAGUUGCUUGUGGGUACGAUUUUAUUGUAGGUUAAAAAGAAGCCCUGAUACACCUGAAUCAGCAAUGUGCAUUGAUGAAAGGUUCUAAUUGAUCUUAUCUUGAAUGAUCCAAGUGAGUAUUAAACGGGGGUUCAAGAAAAUAGAGGCCCCAGUUGGAUUUUUGUUCAAAUUCUACAAGCAUUUAUUGAAUAUUAAGUCAAUGUUUUGUAUUAAGCUCUAAAGAGU